AUGCCUCCUUCAAAGUGGGAUGAGGAGUCCGAAGAGUCAUCUGAGGAAGAAUCAGUAGAUGUUCCCGUUGCUCGCCGCAAGUUUGCGGAUGAAGAAGAUUCUGAUGAUGUUGCCGAUAACUGGGAAGAAGAAGAAGACUCUGAAGCCGAGCGAGAGAAAGCUGCGAAAGCAGCCGCUGCCAAAGCCAAGGCUGACGCAGAAGCCGCAGCCAACAAAAAGAGCAAGGCUCAACGGAUAGAGGAGCACCGGGAGGCAAACCGACGGAAACGUGCUGAAGAGGAAGACGAGGAGAGCUCAGAGGAAGAGGAAGACGAAGCAAGCAGGCGUGCAAGACUACGGAAGUCAGAGCAAGAUUCUGACCUCAAACAUGCCCAAGAUCUGUUUGCCGAUGCAGCACUGGACCCCAAGUCGCGUGUAGCACCCACCAAGGCGGUAGUAAUAGAAGACAAGGCAAACCCGGGUCAGACAAUCGAUCUCUCACAACUGCCUCUGUUCAAGCCCGCCACCAAGACACAAUUCGACGCCCUCUCAGCAGUCCUGGUACCUCUACUCACAGCGGCUUCUUCAAAACCGCACUAUGCUAUCUGGCUGCCAACCUUUGUGAAGCAAAUAGCUUCUGAGUUACCCAGUGCAGAGAUCAAAAAAGCGGCCAGUGCACUAACGGCUCUGAGCAACGAGAAGAUGAAGGAGGAAAAGGAACGCGAGAAGGGCGGCAAAAAGUCAAAGGCAGCAAAGACCAAGUCCUCUCUUGCAGCAACCCGGGACAUGGGCCGAGGAAUAGCGGACACGACUAGCUACGACGACGGCCUCGGGGACGAUGAUUUUAUGUAA